AUGAACUCACCUGCUUCUGUAUAAAAGUAAUUUUUAAAGCAAGAUUUUUCUCAAAAUGGUAAAGAACUGCAAAGAAAGUUUAUUUAAAAUGAUAAGUAAAAUAUAUAAAUGUCAUUUCUGAAUUAUCAAUUCCCUGAUGAAAUUUAGCAAAGCGAAGACGAAAGUAAAACAAAUAACCUCUCUUUUAAGUAAAAAGUACUUAAAAGGAGAAACUCUUCAAAAUUAAUGAAUAAUUUUUUUGGAAGCCCUACCUCUAGGUAUGAAAAUACUAGCAACUCUUAAAGCGAAAGAGUUUAUUUAGACACCGUAAGAUUAAAUUAAGCUUAAAUGCUUUCACCUAAAACAUUUAUGAGUGGAUCUGUAACUCCUACUUAUUAAUUUUAUAAUGGACUAUAAAUACCAUAAAACAAGUAUAUGAAAUAAGAUUAACAUUAAACAAGUUCUAAUAAAACAAAUGCUAUUAAUGAAAAAUUAAGCAUUGCAUAACGUUUAAAUAGCUUGAAAAAGUUCUACAACGCAUAAGGACCACCAGUUGAUAAAUCAAUAAUCGUAAAAGCUUAGUACUUGUAAAUAAAAAUAUAACAAAGUGAUAGAAAUUAACACAAGAAUUAGAAUACUUAUUAAAACGACAAUCUUGAUAUAGAAUAAAAUUUAAAUUCAAAAAAUGACAACUUAACUUAAAGAGAUGUUUUCAGUCCUGUUUCAACUGCUCUCCCAUCCACAUCCAUCCACAUGCUUUAGCUUAACUAAGUUAAUAGAUAAAAAAUAAAAAGUCCAAGCCUUCUAUAUUCCGAAUAAAAUGAUGCUUAGAACAAAGUUGUUAGAAAAUCUAUUGAUUUUUAAAAAGAAAAUAAAUAAAUCCACCCUGAUAUUUAAGAUAUUUUUAGUCCACGCUAGUCUAAACUAAAUAUUUAAAGCCAAAGUAGACAUUCACUUUUAUUUUAAGAAUCUCGAGCUGAAAACACAUAUUUAGCAACUGAUAUUAGAAAUACUUAAAGUAAAAUAAAUUAAAAUCAGUAAGAACAAGAGUAGAUGUUAAAAACUCCGAUAAGUUAAAUGAGGUAACUCUCUCUAGAUGGCUACCAAAAAAAAAAUAAAAAAUCAAUAAAUAUUAAGAAUCUAUAAUUAAAAGGAACUGAAAAAUAUUUCAAAAUAGAAAUGUAAAAUUUAUAAUAAAUUUCUGGAGAUAAGUUUACUUUAUGUGCAGAAUAUGAAGCUCAUAGAAAUUUUAAAAGUGACCCUAAUACAGCAGAAAAGGUAUUUUUACAAUAGAUGGAUGCCAUACUACCUUAAAUUAAAGAAAUAAUUAAGCUCAUAAGUUAUAUAUCCUAGCAUACUAAAGAUGUUAAUCAAGUAGAUUAACGUCUGACGGAAAUAAAUAAUUUAGCUUUGCAAACAAAAUGUGGCUAUUUAUAAGUUAUUUGUCUUUUAUUUAGCAUUAAGAUUUAUUAUGAAUACAGAGAUUACAUUAAAGUAAUUAAUUUAUCCAAAAAGGCCAAAAAUAUGGCCUAGGUUUUUGGAUAUAUGUUUGAAAAAAUGAAAAUCUAUGAAUUGAUAGGUUAGGCUUAUAAUCAAAUUUAGAGACCUAAACUCUCCAUUAUAUAUUAAAUUAAAGUUCUCAGAUUAAGCUGGCUUUUACAGAAUGAAAAUCAUGAACUGAAAGCCUAUGAUUAGUUAGGAAAGUGUUACUACUAUUUAGGAGAUUUAGAAAAAGCAUACUACUAUCAUGAAAAAAUGAUGAUCGGUGAAAUUGAAAAAGAUUAAUCUAUAAUUUAGCUUUCUAACAGCAAGCUUUUGAAUAGAGAAUAUAGAAGUAAUAUUGAUACUAGUAAAAAGAAAAAGUUGUAAAUGGAAAAUAAUCAAGAAUUAACUGAAGAAGAUGAGUGUAUAAGCAGCAGUGAUGAUGAAUUUGAAAUAAAUGUUUCAUUUAAGGCUCAUACAAAUGGAAAUACAUAAAUUUUAGAAUAAUAAAAUGAAAGCAAAGAUGCUCUUUAGUUAACUUCUAAAAACAGAAACUAGCAAUCUCUGGGAUGGAAUGAUAAAUUAAUUCUAGCUAGAUUAAAAGUUUUAUAAAUUUAGAGAACAAAAGAAAUGAAAUCUUUUUCAAAAAACAAAUCAGUAACAGCAGCGGAUCUGUAGCAAUAAGAAGUUGGUAAAGUUAAAUAUAUGAUGGACACAAAGGGAUAAGAAUACUUGCAAAAAAUUUUGAAUAAAAAAGGCAAAUCAACUAACAUUCUGAAAAAAUAUAGAAUAAGUCAUCUUACUCCUAAUAGAACUAUUCUUUCCUAUCACGAAGCAGAGUCUUAGUUCUUAAAAUAAAAAAAUUACUCGUCGUAAUAAGAUUUUAUACCUACAAUUGAUAGCCAAAAUUUAAAAAAAAUUAAUUAAAUAUUGUUGAAAUUUAACAAUUUUUUUAACGAAUCUGCUUAAAUAAUACUCCAAAUAUUAGUUAAUUUUAGCUCUCUCCAAAAUAACAUAAACAUAUCAAAAUAUAAAUAAGAUAUUAUUAAUUCAUAAUAAAAUAAAAACUUCUAUUCUUCAAAAGAUUAUAAAUUUAAGAAAAUGUAAGAAAAAGAUAACAAAUUUUGA